AUGGGUCGUAGCAACCUGGAUGUAGAGGCGCAGUUGCGUGCCUGGCAGAAGACGCAGGCAAAGGAGGUGCCGGUGAGUUUCAUGGAGUGGCAUAACCUUGAGUCCAACCUUCCCAUCGUCCUUCCACUCGCCGCGGUGACGCUGGUUACAUGCAUCAUCAUCACUCUAGUUCCCUUCAUUGGGCGUGGGAAGUCCGCGAAGUCUGGGGCCGGAAUUGCACAUCAGUAUGCUGCAGGGCUCGCCGGUACACGUGCGCUGAUCUUUGCAUCGCGAUUCAACCCGUUCGCGUUCUCCGCGUUCAUCACGGUAUGGCUGCUGCUCAGCGCGACGAACACGGUUUUUUGCCUGAUGCAGGCCGCAUCUACAGCUGCCACGCCGGCGGCGACCUUCUCGGAAACCCUCGACGGGUUUCUGAAGCCCGCGGUGAUUCUCUUCGUCAUUCAAUACUGGGCGAUAACCUCACUCCUCAUUCAUGUGCUCUUCACAGCGCAUCGCUACUACAUUGGAAGCGCGGCUUCGUUUCCACCCUUUCUGGUGAGUUUCUACCAAGUAGCAUCCCUAAAAGGAAAUGAGGUGGACCGAUGGCCAGUUACAACCGUUAACGCCGCACUUGUAAUCUCUGUUGCGACGGCGAUUGCGUUCACUGUCCCGUGGAUCAAGAAUGAGUAUCGCAUAGCCAUGCGCGACCUCAACGCGAACGCCGCGAGUACGUUGGGGUACCGCAAAAAAGUUGUGGAAAAGAAGGGAGAGAAGAAGCGUGCUUGA